GAUGCCACGGCACAACCCAAGGGGUGGCGCCAACCCAAUUGAAUUUUAAAACUGAAUGCAAUAUUCAUUCAACUCAGUUUGAAAUCAUUAAAUAAGUUCAAUUUCUGAAUAAAAUUUGUGCGUUACAAAUACUUUAAAAAAAAUCAAUUCCAAGAUACAAAUAKAAAAUUAUGGAAUUCAAAUACCAUUUCUGUUGCCACUGAAAUGACCCAUAAAUAAACAAACCACACCCCCGCCAUCCCCACGUGUGCGUUUGCCAAGUUGCGCCAUGUCCACCAGAUGCAUAUGCGUUUUGAAAAUAUUGAACGCAUGGUACACAGAACGGACCACCACCUAGUGCGGCAUCCCUAACGUAGCGUUCGUACUACUUCAAUGUCAAAGAGUUUGCGGCAUCUCGUGGACAUGAGGCGUUAGUUGUACAGCAGGUCACCAUAACAAAUACAUUUAUAAAGCCAGCUAUGUCUCUCUGAUAAGUAAUUUAAAAAAAAAUAUCAACCAUUAUCACGAGCAAUCCGAUUGCAUUUUUAUCUUUCCUCGAUUUCCCUCGAAAAAUCAUGUACAUUGUGGUGAACGAAGUAGUAGGCAAAUCAAUGGGGGUGUCAACAAUUUACAAUAUUCCAUAGAGAGGUGAAAACAUACUAUGAAACAAACAGCCAAUGCUAAUGUAUCAUUUAAUUAAACUAUCAAUGUAAAAGUUGUUCAAAACCWUAAUCGAUACAUGUAUUAAUGAAAGUUGAUCCCAUAUUCUCCAUGCGUUUCACCUAUACAUCAACGUAAUGGUAAAGCCCAAAAUCCGCGCGAAAAGACGGCCCGCACCCCUGAGCUGCAUAUAGCUAGCCUACAACAGAUGCCACACACAUUGUUUUUCAGAGAGCUCUGAUUUUAGCACAUAGUUUUAACGAUUCUUUGUUGUCUUUUCUUGUUUUUAUCAAAACGAGUUUUAUAUUUUAGUGUAUCACGCUCACACUUGAAAUGCCAGCCAAUACCUCCUUGUCUCUGCCAGUGGAUGUCAGGAAAAGGCUGGAGGUGUUGGAAAAAGAUGAAGAUGGGAUCUCAGAUGAGGACCGUGUCAAAGAAAAGGUCAAGUUGGUGCAGGACUUCCUGCAUGCYGAUGCCCAGGACCAGCUCAGCAGCCUGAAAGCCAAGAUGAAGAGUUCAGAGAUCUCAAUGGAUGGCUACCUCUCUAAGGUGAAGGCCCUAUUGGGACGUGAGCUGUGUGUGGAGAAUGGCUCACACGGUGAUGUUGUGGAGCAGAACUGCAAGAAUGGCAAAACAAAUGGCUCUGCCGCAAAUGGUGACUCUCACAAGGAAGAGGAUGAAGAGGGAAUCAUGGACACCAAAGAGGCUGAUGCCWUGAAGUCUCCUUCUGCCCCCAAAGGAAAGGGAGGACGGAAGAACAAGUCAGACUCUGAGCCCAAGAAAUCUCCUGGUUCCAGGGUCACAAGAAACUCUGUCUCCCCAUCAACGCCUGGUGGAUCACUGGUUUUGACGGAGGAGAGAAAGCCUUAAUUGGAUUCACUACAGCCUUUGCUGACUACAUCCUGAUGGAUCCCUAGGAGGAGUACGCCCCCAUCUUCGCCGUGAUGCAGGAGAAGAUCUACAUGAGCAAGAUGGUGGUGGAGUUCUUCCUGCAGAAGAACCCUGACGUCAGUUAUGAGGACCUCCUCAACAAGAUCGAGCUCUCCUCUUUGCCCCUAAGACACAGGGCCUCCUGCUGGCGGAACUUCAACCGCUUCACAGAGGACACGCUGCUGCGCCACCCAGUUUGUGGUGGAGCAGUGGAGAGCUACGACGGCGGGGACUCUGACGAGCAGCCCAUCAUCGUCACCCCCUGCAUGAGGGACCUGAUCAAGCUCGGGGUCACCCUGGGAAAGAGGAGAGCUGCUAGAAGACAGGCCAUCCGCCAUCCCACCAAGAUUGAGAAGGACAGCAAAGGAGGGCCCACUAGAGCGACUACCACCAAGCUGGUCUACAAGAUCUUUGACACUUUCUUCUCUGACCAGAUUGAUCAGAAUGAGAAGGAUGGAGGAACCAAACGGCAGCGCUGCGGUGUCUGUGAGGUUUGCCUAGUUCCAGAUUGUGGCAAGUGUUCAGCCUGCAAGGACAUGAUCAAGUUCGGGGGUAGUGGUCGCAGCAAGCAGGCUUGCCAGAAGAGGAGAUGCCCCAACCUGGCAGUAAAGGAGGCUGAGGAUGAUGGAGAAUUAGAGGAGGAAGAGUUGGCCUGUAAAGGCACCUCAAAGAAGGUGUCCAAGGCCAAGACUAAGAAGCGGAGCAAUGGCAAGCUGACCUGGUUGGAGACUCUAUCAAAGUAUACUGAGGGGAAGAAGCAGUACUACAUGAAGGCGUGUAAUGACACGAGGUGCUGGAGUUGGGAGACUGUGUUUCUGUCAGCUCUGAUGACCCCAUCAAAUCCUGCUCUACCCCUGGCCAGGAUCACAUCCCUGUGGGAGGAUAACAAUGGGAAUGGUUCCAUGCCCAACUGGUCUGCGCCGCGGUACAGACUGUACUGGGGGAGUCCUCUGACCCUCUGGAGCUGUUCCUCGGUCGAGGACUGUGAAGACAUGCAGCUGAGCUCAUAG